AUGAGUUCGUCUUCUACAAAUAAUGAUAUGCGUCAUUCUACGAAUUAUCAACCACAACAAAAUCAGAACUUUGAUCAACAAAAUACUUACGGUCAUUAUCCUAUGCCGUCAGUUCCCCCGCAAAAUCCAUACGGCGUUGGUAUGGCUGGUACUUCUCAAAUGCCUACCGGUAAUUUCUAUACGCCUCAAAAUGUCUUUUAUUCGCCACCAUCUCAACAACAAUCUCUUCCACCUGGUGGAAUUGACUUUUUAUCAAAUCCACUAGUCAACGUAGCAACACAAAUGGCUGGACAGUAUACGACAAUGAUCACACAAAAAGGUCAAGAAUUAUUACCAAACGAAGUAAAACGAUCAAUAACAUCAAUAAAGUAUUACUUUGCUGUUGAUACGAAAUAUGUCAUGAACAAAUUGUCUUUACUACUCUUCCCGUUUCGACCGCGAAAUUGGUCAUUGGAAUAUAGCGCAGAUGAGCCCGUACCACCACGUGUUGAUCUAAAUGCACCGGAUUAUUAUAUACCACUGAUGAGUGCCUUAACAUACGUUCUGAUCGCUGGUUUAGCUCUUGGAACACAAAACAAAUUUUCUCCUGAACAGCUUGGUCUUCAUUCAACUUCUGUUUUCGUUUGGUUUAUUCUUGAAGUUGGCUUACUAUGCUUGACAUUUUACAUAUUUGGAAUACAAACAAAACUACGAACACUUGAUCUUAUCGCUUAUUGUGGAUAUAAAUAUGUUGGAAUGAUCUGUGCCGUGGGUGCUUAUUUAAUAACAAAUUCGUUGUUUAUUUAUCAUGGAAUCCUCUUAUACGUUAGUUUAGCAUUAUCUUAUUUUCUUGUCAAAAGUCUUCGAUUACAAAUUUUGUCAGAAAUGGGUUCUCAGUCGAUGUCUAUACUUAAAGUACCAGCAAGUACAAUAUUUGUUUCAUCAACGUGGCGAGCAUCAAAUAUUUAUGAUAAAUUAAAGCAAAUGAAUGUUAAAGUUGUUGUAGAAGACAAUAUGUUAUUUGAUUUUCAAAUUCGAAAUCGUUGUAUACUUUAUGCUACCAAAGAACGACAACAAGGGGAACAAUUUCGCGAACAAAUUGGCUCAUGUUCGUUUAAAGAUAACAACGUUCUGGCAUUUGUUGAUGUUACUCAGAAUUUUUAUUCAAUACAAGAAUUUCUAUCACUGAAUAAAAAUAUACCUGUAAUACCUAUUGAAGUUGAUAGUGAUGUACAAAAAGAUGAAUCUGGUACUAAACCAGUUCAAAUAAGUGAACCAUCUCCAGAAUGUCAAAUGAUUAAAGUAUUAAAAGUAUUGCCAAGAAUAGGAGAUGUGAAUGCUGAAGAAUUAAUAACCAAUUUCGGAAGUCUUUCCACUAUAUUAACGGCUAGUCAAGAAGAAUUAUCUCAGAUUGUUGGCGAACGAAAUUCGCAAUUGCUAUAUCGUUUUCUUCGACGAAUUAAAGCAGACAAAUAA